GUAAAUCACGUGAUGGUGACUAAACGACUGUUUGGCUGUUGACUUUCAUUUUCAUCUUUGCAACUUCCUCAAAAAUGGACGCCAAAAAGCAGAAGAAGGCAGAAGAACUUCUAUUGGCUGAAGAAAGUUUUAGGACAAAUGCCUUCAGAAUCAUCAAUAUAAUGAUUGAACUAUGCAAAGACAAGCCUGGCUGUAGGGUGCAUGUGGAUGAGAUUCUCCACAGCAUCUUCUUCUUAGGUUUCAUUCAUAGACCCCAACAAUGCACCCCCAACGAUAUCCUUGGUGAACUUAGGCCUAAAGUGGAGGAGAUUUUCCCGAGACCAUUUGUGAAUUACACAAGUAAACUGCCAAAACGGACUCCGUUCUCCUCUGUGCUGGAUAUGGUGGUCUCCUUGCUUGGACCAGACAGAGAGAUCAAUAUACUGGAGAGACUGAAGGAAAUCGCCAAUGUCAUGUCAGAAUCCAAGAGUACAUACCAGUUUACCUCCUCAACCAUCUGUGUCUCUCGAAGGAAUGAUGUUGAAAGAAGUUACUAUGGAGUGUCCAUGUCCUGCAAAGGGAAGCAAGAAGGACAGAUCAUGGUUGCUGUGUCCUGUCUGAGUACCUGGCACAGCGGUGUAUCCAAUGCCGUGAUGACAUACGACCCAAUCAGCAAGAUGAAGAGAGUGAACUUCGACCACACCUUCAAUCUACCAAAGAAUUUCAGGUGCCAGGCUUUCAAUGUGAAGUCUGGGGCCAAGAUGUAUCCUUGCAAAUCAUGUCAUAAUCUGUUUGGCCUUGAGACAAGAGAAACAGAAACGCAGAUAUGGCCCUACGGGAACUGCGCCGAGGCAGAGAGCUUGAGCAAACUGUUCGAUGGAGAGGGAUUUGAUGCUAGUAGAGUAGUAGAUCACAAGGUGCGAAGGCAGGUGGAAGAGUUGGUAAACGCUGACCUGCAAACAAAACUCGAGUCUAUUGGAUAUGAAUGGGAUGGUGACUAUUACAUUCCACUGUACAUUGAAACAUUGCCAAAGCAGUGAACCACUCUGUGCAUGUAGUAUACAGUAUAACUGCUAGGCUAUAGCUAUCGGCUCUUAUCAAUGACAUCUGUGAAGUAGAUGGUUAUUUUAGUGGGGGACUUUGAGAACUUACAGUCAACAAAAUAAAAGUUAGAUAGUCAGGCCCCCAUUGAUCUUGUUAUAAUGUUUUAGCAUAAGAAUACAGCUUUAGCCUUGUAAAAUGCAGGUAUUUGCAGGAAAUGUGCUUAAAAACGACAAAAAAUUGCUCUCAGUUCCAUGGCAAAAUGUAUAGAAUGGCAGGAAAUUAGCUUUCAAAUAAAAUGUUCUCUACACCAACCCAUAUGGUGGGUUGUGACUCAAAAGUCACCUCCAUUUGUGUUUCACAAAGCCAAAAAGUUUGGAAAUCCCUGGUUGGAAACCUCGAUGGAGAUACUGUAUUAUUCAUCAUUUGUAUGCUGUAUUUAAUUGAAUACUCUAGACAAAGAAUUUUACAUUAAACGUGUAUUUUUUUAAAUUGAUUUUAAACUUUACUUCUACUGUAAGCAUUGAUGCACAUCUUACUCAUCUGUAACAAAUUACCAAUACUUUAACCGUUGGUGUGAAUUAAUGUCUGGGUUGACUAACAUGUGAGGAAUAAAGGAGACUAUGAUAAA